AUGAGCACAUUGCUCACCGACCCUGUUCCAUCUUCUUCAUCUACAGUUGCGUCGGUCGAAGACCCGUACACAAGUACGCUCGUAACAAGCACAAGCGCAUUGGCUAUGAAUGUGGGAAUCUUGUCGUCGCUGGAGGUUACUUCAGCGUCAGUAGCAGCCCCGGAGAUCGUUUCUGCUUCUAGCGAGGUUCCAAUCUCGCUAGCAACGUUAGAGAUCACUGCGUCCACAAACCCUGUCGUUCGCUUUCUCAGCGCAUCAGCUAGCCUAUCAGAAUCGCCUACCACUAUCACUGAGCUUUCAAGCACGGCUACAGCGCCGCUCGCUACAUCAGAGGUCACUUCCGCAGAAGUCGACACUGUAUUUUCGAUCGCAUUGUCUACCGUGCUUGAGACGCGCGUCGAGCCGACCGCCACGCCCACACCAUCAACCACUGACCUCCAGACCUAA